AUGCCACCCACGGCAGCUGGAGGUCAACAAGGCGCAGCGAAGAAAACCAAGCGCGUCUUCGACGCCUUUGAGCGUGUGUGCCAGUACACGUCAGUGUCGUUACAGGACACGCCAGGCAUCCACCGCGCCGCCUGGAACGCUGCAGCGCAACCCGCAACCAAAGUCCGCAUCACGCCCCCAGCCGCCGUGGUGGACAGGGGGGCGGGAGAGGAGGGCGACCAUGCGGAAUUCACCUCGAGCGUCCUCACGAUUACGCCGCCGCUGCCACGCACAGAGGUGUCCCUCCUCUUGCAGUUCCGCGCCUCCGUUGCGCUCACGGAGGGGGAUAUCAUCUACAUUCACCUUCCCAAGUUUCGUGGCCCAGUGGCGCAGCAGUUCGCCCUUGAGCGCGUGCCCUCUGCCACUGGAGCUGGUCUGGGAGGCCUAUCAUCGGGCAACUUUGCAGAGCGCGUCGACGAGAUCAAUACAAGCUCCCACUUCCGUGCUUACUGGUCAGGAGACUCGGCGAAGGUGAUGACCCCGGUGAACCAACUUCUCUUUAAGCGAGGUAAGAACGACGGGGCACCGCCGAAGCAGGUGUUGCUGCUCCAGUGCCUUAAGACUGUCAAUGCGGACACGUGCCUCACGUUUAGCGUGCCGCGGGCGCUCGGUCUCGUAUCGCCGGAUAAGCUGCCAGCGAACAGCCCGAAGAUUAAGAUCGAGGGCCCCCUGAUCCGCGAGGCUAGCGGGCGACGCAUCCUCAGGCAAGUCAUCUUCUCCUCCUCAGGAAUCAAGAAGCGCACGGUGGUGGAGGAGCUCGAGGUGUACGACCAGUGUAUCGCUCAGAUUGCGCAGGAAGGCCAGCUGCAGACCGCGGACCGCCACCUCGGCGAGCAGCUGUCGUUGGAGGAGGUGGACCAGCUCUGGCAGGCGGCGCAGUACCGUCGGCGCUAUCCGCUACCGAUGCCGUGGUCCAUUGCGGAAGAGAUCGCCAUCCCCUACGACGCCGCCGGCGGCUUCGUGAAGCGCAUAAUCCAAAACGCAAUCAAGUGCAUCAAAGACUUUGAUCCCCUCGCGGUCCACCGGGAGGUGGCACGCAACUGGGGGGUCAAGGUUGCUGCCGUUGUGGUGCUCGACGACUUCCUCACAACGCAGUGGGGCGGGCUCUAUCCAGGCCUGCCACGCGCGUCGCUGCUUGCGGCCUGCCUCCUGACGAUGGAGCCGGAGGACGUAGGCCGUAUGUUUCCCAGGCUACUAACGCUGCCAGAGCGCUCGAUCGCCGAGGAUCUGGUCAGUGCCUUCCGCAUGCGGGCAACGCUGCUCGACUCAAUGGCGCCGGUGGAGGAGGACGACGUGGGGAUGGAAGUCGGCAGCCUGCCAGACCGGUGCGGCGCGUUCCUUGAAAAGUGGGCAGCGCUGUUGACAGCGUUGCUGCCAGCCUCCUUCGUGGCCGAGGGGAGCAGCGACGGCUCCGCCAAGUGUACAGAAGACGGGGUGACUGCGAAAACAAAGAGGUCGGCGGGGGCGGAGUCGACUCGAACGAGCAAGGCGAUUGUAGACCGAGAGGAUGGCGCUGCAGCUGCCGUGCAGGUCAUGGCCGCGGAUGGAAGCCCCCGCGUCGGUUUUCAGCUGCCAGCCCAGGACGAGGACAUCAACAACGCGCACGGCGGUGGUCGGAACGAGGACGGCCUGACAUGCAUUCGCGGCAGUCGGCGGCACAGCAGUGACACAAAUUCCUCAGGGCAAAGCACGGGCGCCAUUGCAACUUUACAGCCUCCGCCGACGCUCUACGUUGGCUACCGCGACGUCCCGUUCGACGUGCAGCGAUCACUGCGCGAAAUCGAACCUGGGGACUGGUUUGUGCUCCCCUUCCUGGUGGUGGCGCGGCAGUCGCUGCCCUACAUGGCAACCACCACAGCCCGCCUUGAGGGCUCCGUGACGCUGAACGGUGGAGGUAGCGGCGGCGACGACGUGAGCGUGAUUGCCGCCACGGAGGAGGACGAGAGAACCGAAGUCGCCAGCGAUGGCGCCAUCGUAGCCAUUCCUGAUAACGCGGUGGUAGUGGAGCUACACAACGUCGUGGAGGCGCUGGAGCUGGCGGACCUCUCCUUCUCCCCACACAACCGCGCGUGGCUGCUGCCGCUGGUCACGUCAUGCCGCGUCGUGGGCGUUGAAAAGGACCAGCACGACGUGCUGCACGUCAUCCUCGAGGUGCAAGGCAGCCUCAUGGGGCAGGUGAACGACCCCUUCCUCCCACAGAGCGACCGCAGCGUGGCCACGAUGGUCCUCAACAGGUACCUGCUGAAAACCGAGCAGACGGAGACGUACGUCUCCGCGCUCAGCUUCGUCGCGCUGCUGUGUGCGCGGCGCAACGAGCGACGUCGGCUGCACCCACCGACUCUGAUCCGCGCGCAGUACCUGUCUCACUGCAACGCUGCGCUCCGCACCGCUAUCGCGAAGCAGCACGUGGAGGAAAAAGAGACCGUCGAGUGGCAGGUGUGCACGCACGAGGCUCAGCUGCUCGACGAGGGGGUUGUGAAGCCUGUGGUGUGGGAACCAAUCCCCAAGAAGUUCUUGCUGACAGUGGAGCAGUUCUUUCUUGGACAUUCCCGCAUCCUCACGAAGCUGGAGGAGGGCUCCUUGUCAGUGGACUUGGAGGCCUACACGAUCGACUAUGGUGGCAAAGGCCCACGCGCGCUGCGCCGCGUGGUGCAGAAGGUGUACGUCACACACGAGCCCACUUUCACUGAAACGUUUAGCAUACUGCGCGAGCGUGAGGAGCAGUACACGAAGCAGAUCAGCAUGCUCGAUGCAAAGCUAGGCAUCAGCACGGGCACGGCAACUGGUACUAGUGGUGGUGGGACUCGGGCACCUGCUAACGCCACCGCCAAAGGCAAUGGCAAGAAGGCGUCCAAGAAGUGA